UUAAUCAUUUACAGUAAAUAGGAUUAAACAGUAAGAAUUGAAAGUGUGAGAGACAGAGGAAGAAAUUUUUACCUCGCAGAGGAUUGGCGGUGGUGAAUUCAUGCAGUUUUGUGCUUUUAAAAGCCUGAGCAACGCAGGGUCGGAGACACAAGUCAAUAUCUUCCUCUGUCUCUCUCUAUCUUCCUCGUCAACUGAGACUUUAAGCUAGAUGGAGGGAAUUGAAGAAGCAGAGGUCAAUUGGUUUGAUGACUUUGACUUCUCCCAAAUGGAGUUCAUGCAGGAACUGCAGGAAAACUGCCCUCAGGUCAUCUCAUCGCCGAGCGUGGAAGAUUCCCAAGCUGAUGAGCACUGUGAAUCAACCAAUAUCAGCAAGCUCAUCUACUCGGGUCCAACCAUCAGCAAUAUCGAAAGGGCAUUGUCUAUGUCCAAUGGCCUGGGCAAUUCUCAGCCACCAGUUUCUUUACCGGACAAGGGUUUGGGGAAAAUGGAUCACAAGUACAUAAUGAGGAUCAAGACCUGUGGCAAUGGGCUCGAAGAUGAUGGUUACAAAUGGAGAAAAUAUGGGCAAAAAACCAUCAAGAACAGCCCCAAUCCGAGGAGUUACUACAGAUGCACCAACCCAAGAUGCAAUGCCAAGAAACAGGUGGAGAGGUCGAUGGAAGACCCAGAGACGCUGAUCGUCACCUACGAUGGCCUCCACCUCCAUUACACCUACUCGCAUCUCCUCUUCCCUCGGUCGCCGGACAUCUCCACGGCCGCCGAAAUUCACGUGGCUAAGAAGCUCAAAUGCCAGCCCAAGGCCGAGACGGCACGACCGAUCAGUGCGCCGCUAGUGGAUGCGGACGUCGCGCCGCUGCAGGGAAUUUUUGAGGAUGGCUCGGAAGGUCUGCUCGAAGACGUGGUGCCGUUGCUGGUGAGGAAGCCCUGCGGCUCGAACGCAUCGUCGUACGAGCAUUCAAGUGCUUCGUCGCCGACGUCCUACUCUUCGCUGUCGUGGGCCACCAACUCCUGGUACUUUGACCGUGGCAUUCGAUCGAGCAUCUUGUGAGCGGGUCCAUUAGCGACGAUGUGUGAGACAAUAAAUAUGAUGGAUAAAUAAAAUUGCUGUGGAUGUUCUAUAAGUAUCAAUUGU